GUUCGUAGAGCAGAGCGCGUGCGCUGGGUGGGAGCCGACCCCCGCCGAGUCCAGACGGUGCGGAGGAGCGUUGGGUUCCUCCUCCGGGGCCCAGCGGUGAGAGGUGACUGUGCUGCGGCCCGGGGGAGGAACUGCGGCCCAGGGCUGAGCAGCAGCUCGUCUCCUACGGGCGCUGAGAAUCCUUCCGCGACGGAGCGGCCGCUCUGACGGGGUGUCCGGGACGGGAAGUGUCGCUCCUGGGCCUACGAGACGGUGGAGCCGUGGAUCCCGUUAAUGGGCACCACAUUCCGCUGCAUGCUUUGCAGCCAUUGAGCGCAAUUUUAAUACGUGUUAAAGGAGUGCCCCUGAGGGAUGGCCACAGCGCUGGGGACAGGGCCCUCCCUGGCCCCUCUGAAUCUGAAGAAGGAGGGACUUCGGGUAGUGAAGGAGGACCACCGCUCUGCUUGGGGACAAGGAUUCCAGCAAGGAAGCAGCACGGGCCUUGGACAGGAGCCGUGGCGCGAGCAGUUCAGGCAGCUGCGCUAUGAUGAGGCCGGGGGGCCCCGCGAGGCCCUGGGCCGGCUGCGCCAGCUCUGCCGCCUGUGGCUGCGACCCGAGACGCACAGCAAGGAGCAGAUGCUGGAGCUGCUGGUGCUGGAGCAGUUCCUGAGCAUCCUGCCCGGGGAGCUGCAGGCCCGCGUGUGCGCGCAGCAUCCGGAGAGCGGGGACGCGGCGGUGGCCGCGCUGGAGAACAUGGAGGCAGACACGGGGGAGACGGGACAGCAGGACCUGGACCAGGCUAGGAAGCAGGAUUUACGUGGGCAAGACGCAGGCCCCCUGAGAGCCACGCCCAUGCAGCAGGGCCCACGUGCGAGUGAGGCUCCAGCACCUGCAGAGGGCAAGGGUGAGGCAGCAAGGACUGAGAUUGGGAGGCUGGUUGUAGAGACAGGCUGCUGUGGAGUGGAAUCAUCUGUGAAAAUACCUGAGCCCACGGAGGCUCGUUGUGAAGACUCUGACUUGAAAAGGCAGCAGGCCAAGUCCACAGCCAAGGUGACCACUGACUGUAAAUGCUCAGCACGUGGGGACGGAGUCAUCCAGCACUCAGAUCCAACUAAACACGACGGUGUGCACCAGGGAGGAAAGCUCUGUGACUCUGAAGUGUGUCAGAGCGCCUGUCGUACUGGACGUCAGAAAAUGCGCUCUAGAGAGAAAGGCCAUCAGUGUCAUGAGUGUGGGAAAGCCUUUCAGAGAAGUUCACACCUUGUCAGACAUGAGAAGACCCAUCGUGGUGAGAAGCCCUAUCAGUGCAAGGAGUGUGCCAAAGUGUUCAGCCAGAACGCAGGCCUGUUGGAGCAUCUCAGAAUCCACACUGGGGAGAGGCCUUUUCUGUGCAUCCACUGUGGGAAGAGCUUCAGGCGCAGCUCCCACCUUAACCGACACCAGCGGAUUCACAGUCAGGAGGAGCCCCGGCAGUGCGAGGAGUGCGGGAAAACCUUCAGUCAGGCCCUGCUCCUCACCCACCAUCAGAGGACCCACACCCGCUCCCGAAGCCACCAGUGCGCCGAAUGUGGGAAAGCCUUCAAUUUGACCUCAGACCUUAUUCGACACCACAGGAUCCACACUGGAGAAAAACCCUUCAGGUGUCACGUGUGCCAGAAAGCCUUCCGCCUAAACUCGCACCUUGCCCAGCACGUGCGGAUCCACAAUGAAGAAAAGCCCUAUGAGUGCAGCGAGUGUGGAGAAGCCUUCAGGCAGAGGUCAGGCCUUUUCCAGCAUCAGCGAUACCGCCACAAAGAUAAAGCGCUUGCUGAGACGUCCUCUCCCUGUGAGACAUCACAGUCCAGUAACCAGCACACAGCACUGCAGGAAAAGCCAUGCUAGCCAGCUCUGUCAUUUGAGGAUUCUUGGCCAGUGUGGAGGCAAUCUGCCUGCCUCUCCACUUUGUUUUCCUUGAAGUCAGCUUGAGGCCACAAUAAUUUGACCCUAGAUGGUACUAUGGGCUCCGAGUUCAACAGCAGUCUUUACUGCAGGAUCUCUGAGCUUUUAACAUGGUGAAGGCAUGAUGAUGCACCUCCAAGUAGUAGAGAGGCUCAUGACUAAGGGAGGGCUUUAAGGUCAGCAGUGAAUUAAGGGUCCACAGAUUUACAGGCUUAAGCCAAAAAAGAGCAGAUGGAUAUUUUUGCAGAUGCUGCAACAGACACCUAUCCAGUAAAACUAACAGUGUUUGGAAAUGUACCACACUCAAAGGUAUCUUACAGUGCAAGUUGAUGGUGAUCAUUUCCCCCACCCCAACCAGCAGAAGCCUUUGUGAAAGCAGAGAUGAUCUAAUCUUACCAUUUCCCACCCUGAUCCCUGCCACAAUACCUUAUCGAUUCAAGUUAGCAAUACAGGUUUUAUUUACACUAGAGAAAAGAUUUCAUAAGUCGUUACAAUCAACCCAAGAAGCUGCUGUCCUAUUUGGCAACUCCAGUGCCAGUAUGCUGACUGCAAUAUAGGUACUAUUCAGUAAAUGUCUGGAAGAAGGAUUUGAACUUUUUGUCUUUAAUACUGGUGAUGCAACUUUAAAGUGUUGCUUAUUCUGCAGUUCUUUGAAAAUCAAAAAAUAAAAUCAGCUUUAAGGAGACAAUCUUUGUAUUAUGAAUACCAAAUGUCAUCGUAGUGAUGAAUACGAGGCCUAGGAGAGUCUGCUUCCAAACCCGUCACCUGGGUGGUGAGCAUCCCUUGCUGAUUGGUGAUAGCUGCUUAGCAUUCUGCUGUCUGGAAAAGGCUUCUCAGUCAGCCAUAGGAGUGGGGAGAUAGUGAACCGUCGUGGAUUGCUAAGAGUUUGGUUCAGCUGCAUGUGGUUUAAAAACAAAAAGCAGGAGUGACUUCAUAAAAGUUUGGUUUUCUCUUAAAUAGAAAAGGCCGCAGACGAGCUGUCCAGAACUGGUAAGGUGGUUCAGUGACAUCACUGGGGGCCCUGGCCUCUGCUCCCCCAUCCUAGUGCCCACCAUCCGUCCUUAAGCUCUUCACAUGAUCCUCGAUGGCUGCACAAGCGCCAGCCAUCACAUGCCAAAUGUGGACAAGAGGAAGCUCCUCCCAAUCCAGUCAGCUCCCUUUUAGCAGCCUUCCCACAAAUCACUUCAGCACUGUGUCAUAGGGCAAAUCGUAGGGAAGGGAGGCUGGAAAGUAUGUCUUACUCGGGGUUGUAGAGUGCCUAGCCGAAACUUAGGCUUCUGUCACUAAGAGUAAGAGAGAAUGAAUGCCGGAGUAGCCACCCGUUUUUGAUCCACUUCCUAUUCCUACACACACACACACACACACACACACACACACACACACACACACACUGAUCUGACAGUGCACACCGACCAGAAGCCACAGUUAGUAUCACUUUCUGUAGUAGAAGCAGCUGUAACUUUAAGAAAUUAAAGAAUUUCAUGGAAUGUCAGUCAUAUUCCACCGCUUAGGACGCCAUAAAGCUAUGUGUCUUUUCUUCUGCCUUUAUGACAAGUACAAUUAAGUUGAUAUCAGGAAUUUUCCCCAAAAUGCUUUGAGGGCUGCGCUGAGGUCAGUAUCUAAACAUUUAGCUCUGUGUCAUAGUUUAAACCUAUCUGUUUCUGUCUGGUUUAAGAAGGAAAGAACAUAGAAUAUCUUUAUUCUCAUUAAAAAUGUGUGAAGAAAUGUGUGUGUGUGUGUGUCUAUGUAUUGAACAAAAGGCAGAUGUUAUAACAGAUCUCAAUAAAGGUUUUGCUUGCAGUGUAAGACAUCUUAGACACUCUGAAAGUUAAAAGAAUUCAGAGGGCAGACACGCAGUGAGGAUUAACUGUGUUGCAACAAUACCUUCUGGUCAGGCAUUUCUGUUUGGGUAGUACCCUGAAACAUCCAAGUACAGCGUGGAAGGGGAAGUCUGUCUCUAUUUCCCACUUACUCUCCUGUUUAAAAAACUGAUAAAGUUAUUACUACAUAACUUGGCAUUAUAAAAGUAGUAUGGAAAAACCACCCUAAUUUUCACGUGACAAAAAUUACCACUGGUAUGUGUGUGUAUGCCUGUAUAUAUACAUAAACACACACUCUAAAUUGUGAUCAGUUGGCAUUGAUAAUUUUGUUUACUGCUCAAUUUUAAUGUUAUUUCCAUGUUACAUCUUUAUAAAUUCUUAUUAAAUUAACUCAUGCUUUCGAUAGACGUUCAUUUACAUUGUAAAAUCCUUGAAAAAUAUAAAGAAAACAUCAUCCUGUCUUAUAUUCCAGAUACAACUUCUUAAUAAUGUAUUUUAAAAGACUUUUUAUGGAUAGAAACACUUUUCUCACUGGAAUUGAAUUAUAUCAUGAACAGUUUUCAUUUGUAAUAGAUGGGACAAUCAAUUUACUUAUCUGCCCACUCCAUUCUCACCCGUCCUGCCAUAAUCCUGAGUGAGCAGCCUGCCAUGUGAUCAUUGUCUGACCACUGAGGAUUGCACCAGGAGGGGCCCCCUAACCCAGGCUUAGUCAUUUAUAUAUCCCUAGGAAUUUGACAUUGGAUUACAGAUUCUGGUUGGUCUCUUAGUCAUUUGAACCAGAAAGUAAUAUAGAGCUGGAAUCAUUUUUGUGGUCACACAAAAACCAAAUAGAGGCAAACCAGGCCAACGAGAAGGGAAAGAAUGAAGCCAACCUCUGAAGCUGGGAUCCCGUGAAGGCCCACGGACACUCAGAAGAAGUAACUUCAGCUUUCAGAUUCUGAGGUCCCAUCUACAUGCUGGUUUGAGAGUCCACGGAAUAACCUUAUUUCCUGCCAGUAAAGGUUUCCUUUAAAUUAGGGUGGGUUUCUGACAUGGCUAACAAAAACAAAAACAAACAAGAAACCCUGAUUAAGACACCCAGAUCACUACAAGUCUUCGUGGAAGACAAUUUUCAAUAUAAGUUACACAACAGUCUAUGGUAUAUGUCCCCAUUGUUGGUCAUUUGGGUUAUCUAGUUCUGUUACCAUAAACGAUAUUUCAGUGAACAUCCUUGUAUGAACAACUGAGCUCACAGAAUUGUUUUUUCUUUCAUUCAAUUCCCGUAACUACAAUAAAUGAAAUAAAUGGUAGUCACAUUUUGUGAGGCUUUUACUGCAUUUACCGAUUGCUCUCCUGAAAGUUUAUAUUAAUCUGUAAAUCCUGUUAGUCUGUGAAAAUGCCCAUUUUUUCAACAUCCACAUCAACUCUGGGAAUUAUUCUUUUGAAUAUUUAACAAUCUACUGUGUGCAAAAUUGGCCUGCUUUUGAAAGGGUUUUUGAAGAAUACUUUUACUAUCAAAGUUGAACAUCUUUUCCCAUGUUAACUGGUCAUUUAUAAUUGUAAUUUUCUGAACAGUCAUGUUCAUCUUUGCUGAAGUUUUCUGUUAGAGUCUCCUUUUUUAAAUGGCAGUACCCUUAAACAUUAAAUAGGGGAGCUGUAUACAAAAAUUUUAAAUGUACAUACCCUUUGACAAAUCAAUUCCAAUGUGUAAUUUUUACCCUAGAAUUAUGCUCAGAAUGUAAAGACAUUCAGUGGUGUUCUCUGCAGCGUUACUUAUAAGUAAAACUGGAAUCUAUGUAAACAGCAAUAGGGAUAGUUAAACAAAUUAUGGUGCGCACAUACAAUGGGAUACUAUUUAGUUGUUAAAAAAUAAACUGGUAUGGCAAGAUCUCCAAGCUAUCUUAACUGAAAUAGCUAACGUGCAAAAUUAUAUUAUGAUCCCAUGCGUGUUUUAAAAUAUAUAGAUACAUACUAAGAAAACGUUUCUUGAGUGCUGCUAUGUGGCUGGCAGGUCCAGCCCUGGGAAGAUCUACACAAAACAUUAACAGAGGUUACCUCUGAGGAGUGGGACACUUCAUUACGUAGUUUGUGCGCAACUUGAGUUUUUCUUGUGCAUAUGUAAUCUGUAUGUUUAAAUUUAAAUAAUUAACUUGUGCUACUUGCGGUAUUGUAAGUGUUUAUUCAUCUGCCUCCCUUUCCUUCGCUCCCAGCAGCCUGUGAGGACCCUUCAAGGCAGACUGAAGUUUGCCUUCACCGUGCUUUUGGGUUUCAACUGCAGUGAUCUGCAUCAAUGAGGCCGCUGCCUGGGUGGCCGGCGAGGCCUGUGCGGGGCUGCGGGAGUCCGCCGGGCGCUGCAGAGACGCGCGGACGCGUCCU